GAUAAUAAUAAUGAACUGAAUUAACUUGAUGGUUAGUUGAUGAUGGACAGUAAAUUAAACACAAUAAGAUUUUUUUGUAAACUCAAUUUAAGUAACACCAUUAAGAUACAAUUAAAUUGUUAGGCGGGUAAAAAUGGUGAUGAUAUUGUUGUAGGGUAGAAGAUGAAAACCAGAAAAAUUAGUUGAUUGUGACACUUAAAUAUUAAUUGUUAUUCUCGCAGUUUAAUUUAAAUAUAAAUAUUUGUAUUCCAGUUCUCAUCUUAAUCCUAAUUUUAAUCUCCUCCUCUUCCUCCACCUAAUUAAUCAUAAUCCUUAUCCCGAUCACUUUCACCAUUUGAUCCUGGCUUUUGUCAUUUCUGGAACUGGAUUAACACUUAACAACAAUUGAUACACUUUAUUGAUAAAGAUGAGAACGAUAAUUAUGAUGAUAAUGAUGAUGAUGAUCUGUUGAUUGUGGAUAGAAAUCAGUAACAUUCAGGUAAUCAGAGGGUGGAGAUUGUAGUUGACCAUUGUUCCGAUUCAUUUAUAGAUCACAGGGGAUAAGUUUCUUAAUUGUUUCUAAUUAAACUUGAAUCAAAAUUGGAAUUAAAGUUUACAAGUGAAAAUAACCUGACGAUGGAUCGAAGGUGUUUCCCUUUUGAUUUCCCAUUCGCCUUUUUUUAUGGUUAGAAUAUCUUUCAGUUCAUUUUUAAUUGUUGUUGAUUAACAAUCAUUAAAUUGGGCUUAUCCUUAAUCAUCAUUAUAAAGGAACCAUUUUCACUUAUAUUUAAAUCAUUUAACUUUGAAACAGCAAUCAAAUCAGUUGAAACUCUUUACCUUUGCUUCAAUAUUGUGUCAACAUCAUCUUUGGAUUAAAUUGAUUGUAAUUACUUUUCUGUUUUCAACUAAUAAACACUUAAUACAAAUAAUUAUGGUUAAAUUGUUGUCAAUCUCGAGUAAAAAUUCAUUAAUCGACACGGAAACAAUUCCUAAAUCAACACUUCAAUUGCUGUUUCUUUGUUCAAUUGUUGGUAAUGUUGUUUUCGCCCGUAAAGAUGAUAAAACUUACGAUUCAAAGAAUAUCCCUUCACCUACUUAUCGUUUUAAUGAAGAGAUAGAAACUGGAUUUGAGAAUGAUAAUCGUAACAAUCACAAAGGUGAUUCUGAUCGAACUGAAUCAAAUUGGAAUGGGAUGAAAGGUGUUUAUGGUUAUAGAAAUUCUGAUGCCUUCAGAAUGAUGGAUUAUAUUGGUCGGAAUUACGCUUUUAAUGGUAAAUCUCUGGAACCGGGAGUAUCUUCAUCUAAUCCGAGUGAUGUGAUCAUACGAGGAAAGGACAACGGACAAGAAAUUAAAGGUCAGUCGAACUCUAAGGUUCAGAUUAAAAAUCUAAUCCAAAAUCAUAGAUUAGAACACGAAAUGUUGGAACAAAAGCCCGAAAAAUUAAUGCAAAUGAACGGCGAUGAAAAUGUCGAGGACGAAGAAGAAGAAGAAACCACAGAAACACCACCAACAACAACAACAACCGCCACUUCUACCACAACAACUACCAUUCCAACCACAGAAUCAACAACUAAACCACCAAGCACAACAACAACUCCUUCCACAACCACAACUUCACCAGUCCCAUCAACCAUUUCACCGGUAACAUCAACUCAGAGUAUCAACAAUCAACAUCGUGAGGUUGAAGGUCGACCAUCAAUUUCAACACAAUCAUCAAUGACCAAUUCACCUCAACCAUCAUCAUCGUCAUCAGAAUUAACUGAAGCAAUGAAACACAAGAAAAGUUUACACAAUAAGUUAUCAGUCCAUCAAUUGAUUUCGGAGUCAAUGCCAACACUUCAAAUGUCCGUUUCUCCAAUUUAUUUUUACAACAAACAAACUCGAUCACUUGUCGCGAUUCCUUAUCUGAUCAUGAAAUCGACAAGUAAAAUGCCCCUUCUACCUGGAAUGAUGGACUCAAUCAGUGGAUCAACUGGAGGGCCAGGUAAUCUAAUCAAUUAUAUCAACAGUCCAUUCAAUCAGAAGCUUCGUUCUCGUCCGAUUAACCAUCUAUCACCUUUACUUGACGGAUUAGAACCUCGACCAACAAUCGAUGACCGAUUAUCUGAUUUAAGUUACUCUUCAUCUCAUCAUGAUGAACCGGAAACUUCUGCUUCUUCUCCCCGUUGGAUUACCGUUCAGGGUUCCGGUCAUAAUUCAAAUCAUGGACUCAAUUGGUUAUCGAAAUAAACUUUUUUUAUUUCAAUCUAAUCGACCAUCAAAUCGAUAAUUAAAUUUUUCACACUUUUUUUUUGUUCCAUUGUGUUUAAAUCUCAUUACAUUUACAAGCUCAAUUCAUCUUACUAAAUAUUGAAACAAUUUGUAAAAACAAACAAUUAACUCAUAAUUAUCAUAACAAUUUCUUUGAUUGUUACUUCACUUAAUCAUAAGGAGAUGAUUCAGUUAUCAUCUAAAUUUGAUUGAAUAUUUCUUAAUUCUUAAUUCUUGAUUCUCUAUUACUCUUUAAUGAAACAUGAUAUUUUAUUCUGUAAUGAUAAUUAAAACUUUUAUUCCUCAGUUUAAUUGUCAAUUUAAUUGAUUACAUGUAUUAAUAUCUUAUGAUUAAAUUACUCUUUCGAUUGAUUGGCUCGAGCGAUUGAUCGAAAAAUUAG